AUGAAUACCUUCAGAAACACUGCGAGUUGCGUCUCCGACUUUGAUAAGGGUAUCGCCAACGAGGGUGCAAAUGGCAUCACUAAGAAUGCUGCGAAGGGCUCCAACGUGAGGCAUGACCGCUUAGGAAGCACCGCAAAGCAAGCCGCUACCAUUGAGAAAGAUGAGAGCGUGGACGUUUUAAUCAUCGGGGCAGGACCUGCAGGGCUCAUGGCAGCAUGUUGGGCAGCUCAGUACGAUAUGUCGACACGUAUCAUUGAUCGAAAAAGGGGUCCAACGAAGACAGGCCAUGCCGAUGGGCUACAAAGCCGAACCUUAGAAAUACUAGAGAGCUUCGGCAUUGUCGAUUCCAUCUUAAAGCAGGGUGUUCACGAUGCCGACACAUGCCACUGGGCAACCAAAAACAACGAAGGGUUUAUCGAGCGACAGAAAAUAUGUGGCUCAGACCCUGGGGGAGCUUCAAGAUUUGGGCGAAUGUUGCUAAACCAAGGCGCUAUCGAGCGAGUGCUCAAUGAUUAA